UUCCCUCUCUCAAGUGGGUGAGCCUUUCUGGGCGGGGUCCUGUGUCUCACCCCUCCUACCCUCGCUCUGUCUUGAAACAUGCUUUAAUAGAGAAAGUAUGCAAUGCAUACUGCUCUGCUACAACCCCCCAUUAUACUGCAACUGGGGUAUUCGUGACUGGACGUCUGGGGGGAUCACACACAUUUCCGAUUAGAGGAGGAAGGAGAGAGAGGGGAAGAGAAAGAGAGAGGGAGGGAGAGGGAGAGAGAGAUUGUCUUUUCAUUGCAGCCAAUGAGACGGUGGAUAUAGAGAGAUUUUCAAAGUUGUGCAAAGUGAGUGAACUGAACUUCCAGGUGAAACUGCGAAAGCGACUCGAGCUCCUGAUACUCAGCUCUUCUCCUCUUGAAGCCCUCGAGGCCGCUCCUCCAGGCUUUGAUGCCCACACUCUUAAGAGCAGGUGGACAGACACAGGCAUGAGUGACAGUGGGACCAAAGAGCCGUCUCCCCCGCCGAGCACUGACCAGUCACCUCCUGAUCCUCCGCGCAGGGGGAGGGGUCGGCCGAGGAAACAGCAGCAGGAGCCCGUUGGGCCCCCGACUCCAAAGCGACCGAGAGGGCGUCCGAAAGGCAGCAAGAACAAAGGCCCCAAAACUGCACCCAAGAAAGUAGAUCCUGUUGGGGAGAGACGACCACGUGGGCGACCCAGGAAAUGGCCUCAGAAGGUAGUUCAAGAAGUACCUAAAGAGCAGCAGGGCCCUUCAGAGGAUGCAGAGGAGGGCCCUUCGCAGCGCUCGUCAUCUCAGGUUACGGCACAGAAGGAAGGGGAGUAGACAGGUCACCUCUCGACCUACCUCAAGGUUUGGCCUCAAACAAACAGGGGUACCAUGUGACUCCUAUCUGUGAUGGGGAUUCAGGAACACACACACAUACACAUACAUAUACACAAUCACACACAAUCAUUGCAGACAGUAGUUUCUUCUCAAUAGGAGCAAUCUACCCUGGAUUUGUUGGUUUGGUGUUUUAACAUUGAAGAAUUUAAUUGGAAAGGGCUUUUAUUAAUGUCUUAUGUUGUAGUUCUCACAUUUUGGGAAAUACGCUUCACCAUUCUGCAGGAAAACAAAACGUUUCUCAAACUAAGUGUACUUCCCAACUCGUUUGACUAUUCCUUUUUAAGUAUGCCUAGCUUUCCCGAGCCUCUCAGCCUGCAUGCAUGUGUGUGUGUGUGUGUGUGUGUUUGUGUUUGUGUUUGUGGAGAGAGGGUGACAGGUUUGCAGGCUAACAAGUGCGGGAGGGUUAUGGAGAAAAAAAAGGAGCCAAACUGAACCUUUUUGUUAAAAACGUGUUUCUGACUGGAGCGCCUUGAAUCCUUGUGUGAAAUGGGAGCAAGGUGGUGACAUUUUUGAUAAUGUUACAGUAUGAACAUGUGCGCUGAAGUCAUUAUUAUAAAAGUAGAUGUGAAAGGUUUUCAUUCUGAAAUUAAAUGUCCAACUUUGGAGGGAGAAAAUGUCAAAGUAAGCAAAGUAUUCAGAUCUUUAAUAACCUCAGUGAAAUGCAUGUCUUUCCUCCCAACCAGCAGCUAAUGUAAGAAAAGAGAAAAUACCCAAAGUUUUAAAUGGAUAUCUCAUUUUUGAACAACCUUUCGUGUUUGCUUGAGUCAACAGCAGUGUUGACGCAUCAUUUUACCACACUCAGGAUUUCACUUUUACAGUGCUUAUACACCAUAUUGAAAACCUCAGGUACAAAACUAUUCAGGAACAUGUCGUCAGUCUACUCAGUAAUAAUUAUUGUGCUGUGUUUGUUGUGCAUUUCUGAUCUGUAUUUGACAUUACCAGUAUGCCUUGACACAAAGACCUCGUUCAAACCUCAGUUACACUCAGUUUCUUAAUAUCUCAUUCUACCUCAGCAACACAAAAUCACAGAGGAUCUCCAGCAUAGUCAUUCUCCAUUCCCUCGGCAGUGACACACAAACACGCACACACACACACACAAACACACACACACAAGCUGGUUCAUGUGCAGAUACACCACAUAGGCAGACAAAGGGUUUUCAGGGCUAUACUCAAACAUACACACAGGGAUAGGCCUGGGUGAUAUGGCCAAAAAUGAUAUCAAGAUAAAAAGUUUCAUAUGAGUCCAUAUUGAUAAUUAUCAUGAUAAUCAUUGAUAUUGUUUAAUCACCCAGCCCUACAUAGGCGUUACACUGCAACAGGUGAUUUUACUCUCCGUGUAUAAAUAUAAAGCAUCAGUGUCAAUUCUUUUAAAAAUGGUACUUUUAAAGAUGGUGUGAGACUCGGUUUGGUCUCCUGGGAAAUAAAAUGCAGCCAAUAGUUUACAACAACUUGAUGAAAUACUUGUAGUUCUGUAUGAAAUACUUGUAGUUCUGUAUGAAAUACUUGUAGUUCUGUAUGAAAUACUUGCUUUUUUGUUUCUUUGUUUGUUUGUUUUCUGGGUCUGAUACUCUGAUAUUUCAGUUUAACUACAUCAUGUAUUCUCAUACACUGUAACUUGUAUGCGUGACACUCUAUAAUUCACGUGAUUUGGAAGGAAGGGCAGGAAGUAAACCACGCUGACCUUGUAUGAAAACAGCUUGAAAUGAAAGGAAUUCUGGGUAGUUAAUCAAUAUUCAGUAAUGCAUCAGGAACCCUGUCUUUGAAUGAAUGACUUUUUACAAAAAAAAAUGGACCCAAGUUGUACCUUACUUUCUAAUCUGGCUAUUAAAACAAGACCAUAACUUUAGUUAAACAGCUA